AUGCCCGACAGCAGCCGUUCAGCGAACGUGGUGAACUUUCCCCCCUUAAGUGAAUUACUGAGUCAGUUGACAUUGGAUGAGGGAGAAGGAAGAAGUGAAAAAGAUGAGAGAGACAAGGCACUGGAUUCAAGUGAGGAGUCCCCUUUUAAUAUAAAGAACUUUGAAGCAUUUUUGCUGAGAUCUCAUUGUGCGGAAAAUUUUGAGUUUUGGAAAGACUGCAACUAUUACCUGGCAAACUAUCAUAGAGAGGAUUUCGAUUAUAAGGGCUGGAACAAAAAGAUAUAUGAGAAUUUUAUACAGGAAAAUUCGUCUAUGGAAUGUAAUUUACCAGAUCGAAUGAGAAAGCUGUUUGGGGAGUGGUAUCGGUCCGAAACCAUCGCGGAUCGAGAUGCUGUACUUCGAGCUAAGCAACAUGCUAUAGACCUCAUGUCUGACGCAUACAGACAUUUUGUAAGGUCUGUGAACACAUCUUAUUCGGUACCGGCCUCGAAUUCAGUGUCCACGAGCUCGGUCUACACGUCAACCACGACUUCUACUGAAAAAGCAGAAAGUGAUGCAACCAUUGAGGCCGCCAAAAGAGCUGAGGUGCGAAGAACAGAAACAAGUAGCCAGAGUAACCGCGAGGUCUGCUCAUUGAAAACUAAAUCCAAAAAGGUAAGCAGAAGUGCUGACAGUCUCUCAAGUCUCGCCGCAUUCAGUUCACAAGAUAGCGAUACAGAGGGGCGGACCACGGGCUCAAAAGAUAUCAUGAGGUCAAAUUCAAGUGGCUCAUACAAUUUUUUUGACAAAGGUUUAGCAUUAAUGACAAAAUUGAAAAAAAAAAAAGUAAGACCAAAGCUAAAUUCGCCUCCUUCUGCAUCAGGUGACGAACCCUCAUUUUAUUUGCAUCUUAAGCAAUCUGCAAUCAACAGAACAUCAAACGAAUAA